AUGAGUGAGUCGCCUGCACUGAGGGAGGAGCAGCUCGUGCACCAGGUGUACAAUGAGAUAGCCGCGCACUUCUCGCAGACGCGGUACAAGCCGUGGCCGAUAGUGACCGAGUUUCUAGAGGAGCAGCCCGUCGGGUCUGUUGGGAUCGACGUCGGGUGCGGCAACGGGAAGUACCUGGCAGUGAACCCUCGGGUGUUUGUCAUUGGGUCGGACCGGUCUGAUGGGUUAAUUACGUGCGCACGCGGGAUCAACGAGGAGUACAAUGUCGUGGUCGCGGAUGGGCUCGCGCUGCCGCACAGGGACGGUAGUUUUGACUUUGCGAUAUCAAUUGCAGUGGUACACCACUGGACCACGAGGGAGAGGCGUGUUGCGGCUAUCGCGCAUAUAAUCAGUAAAUUGCGGGUUGGCGGGCGCGUGCUCGUGUAUUGCUGGGCGUUGGAGCAAGGGUCGUCGAGAAGAGGGUACCACGAGGGCAUGGAACAGGAUGUGCUAGUGCCCUGGGUCUUGCACGGUACUGGUGAGAAGGAGAAGAACAAGAAGAAGAAGUUGGAGGGAACGUCGGAUAAGGGUUCCCUGAGGGAGAAGCCAGACCUGUCGGGUAUCCCGCCAAGGGAGCGAGCAGCGGCAGUUGACCAGUGGAAACGGGAGCAAGAGGCGAAGAGGAAGGAAAGACUUGCUGCAGCGGAGAGUCAUAAGUCUGCAUCAACAGCAGCGGACCCAACGAAAUACAGGUUCUACCAUCUGUACCGCGAGGGCGAGCUCGAGGAGGACUGCAUCAGUGCGGGGGCCACAGUCUUGCGCAGUGGAUACGAGAGAGAUAACUGGUACGUCGUCGCCGAGAAACCGCUGGUGUAA